AUGGACUCCUCGUCAAGCUACUUCCCAUCGGGGAGCCACUCCCAUCACCACCAUGACGCGCCCGCCGAACCGCAACGCGUGUACGAUAUCUACUCCUGGUCCAACAUAUCCCCCACCACUCGGCUCGUCUACUGCCAGAACGCGGAUGCUACGAACGAGGCCAUCGCACAGCUUAACUCCAAGGUCCUGGGCUUUGACUUGGAGUGGAAGCCGAACUUCAUCAAAGGCAGGCCAGAGAAUCCCGUCGCGCUCGUGCAGCUCGCCAGCGCGGACCUCGUUCUUCUCAUUCACAUCUUCCACAUGCCCACGUUCCCGGAGAGACUGCGAGACCUGCUCGCUGAUGAGGCUGUGGUUAAGGCUGGUGUAGGAAUACAGAAGGACUGUAAGAAGCUAUUUACGGACUAUGGCGUGGAUACCCGAAACUGUGUAGACCUAUCCCUCCUCGCUCGCACCGUCGACAAUGCCCGGUGGAAAGGGAAAUACGCGAGCCCGAUCGGACUCGCGCGACUUUGCGAAACAUACGAGGAGUUGACCCUGCAGAAGGGAAGAGUGCAGACGAGCAACUGGGAGCUACCGCUCGAUCCACGACAGCAGGAUUAUGCUGCCAACGAUAGCCAUGCAGGCCUGACACUAUACACACGCCUCUCUGCCAUGGCGACGACAAUGGAUCCAGUACCGCAGACGGUGUGGUACACUUUCGACACCAUCAACGGCUUCCUCUACCAACCCUCCUCUGGAACUGUCUGGCAUCCUUUCAACCCCUACUAUGACCCUGGCCCGCCCCCACCUCCCCGCCCUCCCAGGGUAUACGACGACUCCACACCAAAUGGCGCUAUGCCGAUUCCGUACCGCGCGAACCGCUACUCCCGGCGCAAUCGCGCACGGAAUCCAAACCAACCGGGCUCGCUCUCCCCAUCCGCAUCCUCGUUCGUACCUGGGGCACGCACGCAUACCCCCUCUCCCUCCCCGACCCCUGCAGGGGGCCCCGGGCACCCUUCAUACGCUGUCUCACCCUCACCCCAACCGCAUGCCUAUACCCCGCGAUACCCCCCAGCAAACCAGCCGUCACCUGCGCCCCUGAUGGAUAUCGACAUGGACGGCUUUCCCCGCCUCGCGCACGUCCCCCGUCAAUACCAGAGCAAGCCCAAGAGCUUCGGCAGCGGCGGGUACGGCGCACACACCCACGCGGGCCCAAAUUUCGGGUCGCCGGGGCGUGGGAGGGGCAGGGGCCGCGGGCGCGGGCAGACCGUGCAGCUUGGGUUUUUCGCGGCGCCACGUCAGACAUGA